CUAGUAGAAGGUUGCGUUUUUCUCCCGCGCUAGUAGCUAAAAUUGGUAAAAAUUUCCCCCAAAUUGUCGAAUUAAAAACCCUCUUAAAAUCUCUCCGCCACCGCCCCGCCCAAUUUCCAUCCGCUAACCACCGUGCCGGAAUUAUAUUUGCCCUGAAACUAUUUACUGUACUAAGAAUUCCGAUCGUAAAGAACCGCUUCAAUGGCUGGGAACGGAUUUGGGUUCUCGGCCAACCCCUCUACCUCGCCAUUCUCUUUCGCCUCUUCCGCCGCUUCUGCACCGUCUCUAUUCUCCUCCUCCACAAACCCUAGCCCUUUGUCCACCACCGCCGCCGCUCCUUCCUCCUCCCCAUUUGGAUUGUCAUUUUCUAACCCUAGUUUCGGUACGACGUUGUCUUCCGCUGCCUCCGCUCCUUCCUUCGGCUUUGGCGCGUCCUCUGCUUCCACCAAUCCUGCAUCCACCCCUUCUUUUGCCUUUAACUUUUCCGGCUCCAGUGCCGCGGCGGCGCCCUCCACACCUUCUUCGUUAUUCGGGUCUUCCUCUUCCGGUUCAAGCUUUUCUUCCGGUUUGUUCGGCGCAAGUUCUGCUCCGGCGGCAACAAGCGCCAGCCAACUAUUCGGGAACAAUUCGUCUUUUGGUUCUUCGUCUGCCUCCUCAUCUCCAUUUGGAGGCUCCACGGUGUUUGGGACUCCCGCCGCUAGCUCCGGCGCGGCACAAACCAGCUCAGCGGCGUUUGGAGGGUCGACGUUAUUUGGGACUCCAGCCGUUAGUUCCAGUGCUGCACAAAGUAGCUCAUCGCUAUUUGGGACUCCAGCUGCUAGUUCCGGCGCGGCGCAAAGUAGUUCGCCAUUCGGAGGGUUUGGGACUCCAGCGGCUGGUUCCGGCGCGGCUAGCUCAUCGCCAUUCGGAGGAGGAUUUGGGACUCCAGCUGCUAGCUCCGGCGCGGCACAAAGCAGCAUAUUUGGUACGGGUCUGAACACAGGGAGCACAUUCGGAUCUUCAACCAUCUCGGCCCAAACAAACGCGUCCGGGACUACGACAAGCACAUUCGGAUUAUCCUUUGGUACUUCUACUGCACAAUCAGGUUCUGGAUUAACUACUGGUUUUGCUUCUUCUCCCUCUCCACUUUUUAGUGCUUCCUCUUCGCCAUUUGGUUCACUGCAAUCGUCUUCGCCCGCAACUACUGCGGCUCCUUUUCAAACCUUAUCAGGGCAAUCAACAUUGGCUUCAAGCUCAGCUUCUUCUUCUCCAUUUUCAUUUUCGUUACCGGCAUCAUCUAGCUCGGGUUCAUCCGCCCCGGCAUUUUCAUUCCCUACCUCUAGUUCGUCUUCGCAAUCAUCUGCGUUUACCCCUCCGGCCACAUCCACGGCCAGUUUCACUCCAUCAGCGCCUGCAUUUUCCUUCCCGGCCGCCAGCUCUGUAUCUUCUGCUCCUGGGUUUUCGUUCCCCUCCACAAGUUCUAGUGCUGCUACUUCCCCUGCUUUGCCUUCGGUCUCUUCUUCGAGUCCUGCGUUUCCAUCAUUUUCCAUAGCCACUGGAAGCUCUGCAGCCACUGGAGUAUCUGGAUCUCUAUCUAGCAUGGGGUCUUCUUCAGUAAAUCCAUCAUCAGCAACUUCUACCACAUCUGCAUCUGGCUCAGGUUUUUCGUUUGGGAAUUCUGGACUUCAAUUCCCUGCUUCUAAGCCCUCUGGCAUUGGAGUGGCUUCUUCCCCCCUGUCUACCACAGCUACAACCACCACAAGUGCCUCUACGCCAGCAGCAUCUGCUCCAAAUGCUUCAUCUACUGCUAGUACUAGUUUGACAACUGGUUCCGCUUUAUCCUUCGGUACUACUUUUGGUACUGCUGCCUCAUCCGGGACCACCACUGCUUCAACUUCUGGUUCAGCUGCUUCUUCAUCAGCAGGGUUUACUGGUUUUGGAUUUUCACCCGCUGCGUCAUCACAACCGCAGACCACUGCAACUGCUGGCACCACCCCUUCAACUUCUACUGCUGCGACAGUGUCAAGUACCAGCUCUGCGGCUCAAACAUCAUCUUUGGUUGUAGCUUCCAGUAGUGGCACAACCUCAACUGCUACAGCAGUAUCGACUGCACCAAAGUUACCUUCCGAAAUUACUGGGAAAACUGUUGAGGAGAUAAUCAAGGAGUGGAAUGCUGAAUUACAGGAGCGUACUCGUAAAUUUCAGAAGCAGGCUAAUGCAAUUGCUGAAUGGGACCGAAGGAUAUUGCAGAAUCGUGAUAUCCUUCUCAAGCUUGAGACCGAGGUUGCAAAAGUUGUUGAUACACAAGUUAGCCUGGAGCGACAACUGGAGCUUAUAGAGACUCAUCAAGAAGAGGUUGACAAAGCUUUGCAAAGCAUGGAAGAUGAAGCUGAUCGUAUUUACAAAGACGAGCGUGGAUUAAUUCUUGAUGAUGAAGCUGCUUCCACAAGAGAUGCAAUGUAUGAGCAAGCUGAAUUUAUUGAGAGGGAACUGGAACAGAUGACUGAGCAGGUCAAAGCAAUUAUUAAUACUCUCAAUACAAGCCAGGGGGGAGAAUUGGAGGUAGCAGAUGGAAUGACUCCAUUGGAUGUUGUUGUUCGAAUUUUGAAUAACCAACUGACUUCUUUGAUCUGGGUUGAUGAAAAGGUUAGUGUCUUGUAACGUUGUCUAUUGUUGUUAGAAAUGAUGUAUACAAUCAAUUCACGGCAGGUAGCGGCUUCUGGCACUUUUAACCUAUGCAUUUUUGUCAAGUUCUUUUUUUUCCCUGGUGGAAGUUCCAGUAUAUUAUGCUGUGCACAUGUCGUGCUGCUCUCACUGAGCAGGAAUUGCUUACAACUGAUUGCUACAUGAACAUCAUUUGAGUGUUCCUUCUUUGUCCCUUUGUCAACGGUUAAGCUCUGAACAAUCCUCAUAUUUUCGUAUUGGGCAUUUCUUGUAUUCUCAUCUGUUCGGUUCUCUUGGGACAAGUUUCCACAAUUUAGUAAUUCCUAUUAGUCAAUCAUAUACUCAAAUGUUUUUCCCCUCCCUAGGUGGUCUUUCCAUUAUUAAUUUGUUAUGAGUUUUCCUCUAUUAUUGGAAGGACAUCUACAAAUUUAUAAUUUAGGAAGUGUAAAUUCUUUGACAAACACCAAGCAUGAAUGAAAGAUAAUGUGUUCUCUUGCUAACAAGCUGACUAUUUUAACCUGUUUAGGCGGAAGAAUUCUCUGCACGGAUUCAGAAGCUUGCUAAUGAGGGCUCUACUGUGGAUCGGGAUAUCAUGGCCCCUAAGUUUUUGUUGAAGUAGCUUAUAAUUUUUGGCGAUGCCAGUUCGUACUUCUUACCAUGUGGGAUGUAUGAAAUGGAGAGAACAACUUUUGUUGCUUAUAAUUUCAGGUAUUGAGCGUAUUUUGCUGUCUAUUUUUUUUUUUUUUUUUCUCUGGGAAAUGACUUGGUUUCAUGCUGGAAACACAAAUAUCUCUGUAAUGGAAUCAGCGAAACCCCGACUCAGGGCAAAACAACAUCCAGGAAACUCUUAUGUUCAUUCUUGAAGAUUGUCACGUUUUGAAAUGUACUGAACGUACAGAAGCUGUCAUGGAAAAUUCGUUCUUGUACAAUGGUAGGGCUCGUUGUGAUUGUACUGCUCCUCUCAAAUAUGUGAAUCUCCUAGAAAUUUGUUAAUAUGUAGCUUCAUUCUUUUAUAUACCAUAAAUUUUAGCAAAAAAAGAAGUGCACCCAACUC